CGCGGCGCCUGGUGUGCAUGCGCACUGCUCCCUUCCGGCCUCCGUAGCCAGGAGCGGGCAGCGGUACUGUGAGGAGCCCGGGCGGGUCUGGGUGGGCCGCGCCGCCGCUAUGGUGUUCUACUUCACCUCCAGCGUUGUUCCCACCGUUUACACCAUUUACAUGGGAAAAGACAAGUAUGAAAAUGAAGAUCUAAUAAAGUAUGGCUGGCCUGAAGAUAUCUGGUUUCAUGUGGAUAAGCUCUCUUCUGCACAUGUGUAUCUUCGGUUGCACAAGGGGCAGACAGUGGAUGACAUUCCUAAAGAAGUUCUGAUAGACUGUGCCCACCUGGUGAAGGCUAACAGCAUCCAAGGUUGCAAGAUGAACAACGUCAACGUGGUGUACACACCAUGGACCAACCUGAAGAAGACUGCAGACAUGGAUGUGGGGCAGAUUGGGUUUCAUAGGCAGAAGGAUGUGAAAAUGCUGACAGUGGAGAAGAAGGUGAACGAGAUACUGAACCGAUUAGAGAAGACAAAAGUGGAACGUUUCCCAGACCUGGCUGCUGAAAAGGAGGCCCGUGACAGAGAGGAGAGGAAUGAGAAGAAAGCCCAAAUCCAGGAGAUGAAGCGGAAGGAAAAGGAAGAGAUGAAGAAGAAGAAAGAGCUGGAAGAACUUAGGAGUUACUCAUCGUUAAUGAAGGCUGAGAAUAUGUCCUCCAAUCAGGAUGGCAACGAUUCCGAUGACUUUAUGUGAAUAAAGUCGCUCUCCUUUCUCAA